GCAGUAAAGCCAAGGUGGUCAGUGCUUAGGUCUCCCCGACUUCCCUACCUACCUCUCGGUUGCUUGACUGGGAUAUCGUCAGUUCCGAGUCCGUCACAAUCAAUCAAUCAAUUGCGGCUCCUCUUUUCGCGGUGGGAAUUGGACGACAAGCUCCCUCCCCGAAUCCACCGUGUACUCCUCUUCCGACUCCAUCGAUACCGACGCUCGGUAUAGUUGAUAAAUCCCACGAUAUGUCUGCGCUACGAAUCACCACCGCCUCGGCGGCGCGCAUGUUGCGCACUUCGAAUGCCGUGAUGCCUUCUGUCAUGGGUGCUGCUCAGCGUCGAGCACUCAGCGACUCUGCCGAACCCGCCCGCGUGCCCUCUGUCGAGUCCGCCCGCGUACCCGAGAAGCUUGCAAAGGAGGACUCGCCUCUGGCCACGCCCAAGCGGAACUCGCCCGAUUACAAUGUUCCCAUUGACAAAGCCACUUCCACCUGGACCCCAGUCCCCAAACACAUCCAGAAUGGUUCCGAGGAAGGCAUCCUCCCAGCCGCCGUCGUCUCGGGCGCUCCCAUGGAAUUGCAAGCCCGCACUGUUCGCAUCUUCCUCCCCUCCAAACCCGCCACCCAAUCCUCCAACAGCCGCGUCCUCUGGCGCAUGGACUGGGACGUGCUCGAAAAGGGCCACCGCUGGGAAAACGAGCUGAUGGGCUGGCAAUCGUCGGGCGACUUUGUGCAGGGCACGCACCUGACCUUCCGCACCAAGGAGGAGGCCAUUCAGUUUGCCGAGAAGCAAGGGUACGAGUACUUUGUGCAGGAGCCGAACCAGCGCCACUUUACGCCCAAGGCGUACGCCAACAACUUUUUGUAUAGCCCCAAGAAGUUGAAGAUUGUCAGGACCAAGUAGAUGUCCUGGCAGAGGAAGGGUUGGUUGGUGUUCUACGGAAAGGGAGGGGAACGUUGAGAGAGAGGGUACAGGAAAAGAGGGAUCAACUGGACCUCUGUGAAGAAUUGCUACAGGUACCGACCAACCAACAACAACAACAAAGAAGAAAGAGGGAAGAACGGAAACCUCUCUGAGACAGACAGUCUUCGAUAAAUAUGGGAACCACGGAACCAUAAGAGAGAAAUGAAACCUAGAGCAAGCACUUCGUUUUUGCAACAUGAUAUAUUCUUUUCCUUCAUA